AUGUCCGGUGAAAUGGAAGUCGACCCUCCGCUCUCCCCAGAGCCGCAGCAGACCAGAUCUGGAUCAGAGCCACGUACUCGCGCUUCAGCUGCAGCAGUGCGCAGCAUUGAAGGGUGGAUCAUUAUUGCGACGAACAUACAUGAAGAGGCUUCAGAAGAGGAUGUUACAGAUCUAUUCGCCGAGUACGGGGAUAUCAAGAAUUUCAACCUAAAUCUUGAUCGAAGAACGGGUUACGUGAAGGGCUAUGCGUUAAUUGAAUAUCCCACCCUCCCCGAGGCAGAGGCAGCUAUCAAAGCCCUGCACGGCGCAAAAUUGCUUGAUCAAACGAUUGAAGUCGACUUUGCAUUCGUACGGCCUCCUCCGUCUUCCAAGGGAAAGUCUGGUGGCGGCCAGAACUCCAGCCGUGGGCGUGGUGGUAAUAGAGGACGAAGUCGAAGCCGUGAAAGAAGCCGCAGCCCGGAGGGCAAUAACGACAGAUCUUAG